CCCACCGCAUCGGCCUCACCACCCCGACCCCACCCAACCCCCACAGACCCUCCUAGCUAGGCAUGGAGGUCGAGAUCAAGAUCCGCCUCCCCGACGCCGCCGCCCACCGCCGCCUCUCCUCCUUCCUCGCGCCCCGCCUCCGCCGCACCCACGCCCAGCGGAACCUCUUCUUCGACGCCGCCGCGCGGACCCUCGCCGCCGCCACCGCCGCGCUCCGCAUCCGCCUCUACGGCCCCGACGACCGCGCCCCCUCCCGCGUGAUGCUCGCGCUCAAGCGCCGCCCGCGGAUCGACGCCGGCGUCAGCCGCGUCGAGGAGGUCGAGGAGCCGCUCGACCCCGCCAUCGCCCUUGCCUGCGCCGCCGACCCCGCGCGCCUCGGCGGGGUCGACUCACCGAUCGUGCGCCUCGUCGCCGCCGACUACGGCGUCGGAGGGGACGCCGCGCCAUUCGUCUGCCUCGGCGGCUUCCGGAACACCCGCGCCGUCUACGAGCUCGAGGACGAAGGGCUCGUGCUGGAGCUUGAUGAGACGCGGUUUGACUUCGGGACCAGCUACGAGCUCGAGUGCGAGACGGCGGAGCCUGACCAGGUCAAGGAGGUGCUGGAGCGCCUGCUCACGGUCGCCGGCGUGCCGUACGAGUACUCCCGCAGCAAUAAGUUCGCCUGCUUCAUGGCAGGGAAGCUGCUUCCUUGACUAGGCAGCCAAGUGUUCUUGGUAUCUCCGAGCUUGGCGUCUUCUAUGUAAUUCGAUUUCACACAAGUCCUCGGUGGCAUCUCAUCUAGCAUACCAUACUUGGCAUUUCAGAAGACAAAUCCCUGGUUAACUCAUCUCUGUGUUCUACUAUCUAUUAUUCAUGUGAUGAAACGCGCUGCGUUCUUGCACUUCGCAUUUCCUCAAAAUUCAUGCCUCCCCCACUUUGAUUUAUAGUAGUAA